AUCAUUUUUUACACUUUGAAUAGGAUUGUUACACCAUAUAAUCAAGUAUCACCUGAACGUACAAGUUAGUUAAGUUAAUUAAUAAUGGAAGUGUUUCAUAUUUUUGUCACAGUUCUUGCCUUCAUAGUUAAUUUACCAAGCGUGGUUUUAACAGAGGAACAACCAUGUCACAAUAAAUUCGAGUAUGAAUACCAUGUAAUAGAACAGUUGAUUAUUCUUAAACAAAAACUGGAGAGACAAGAACGUGUCAGUGUGGACCUAAAGAAGGAGUUAAACGGUGCUCAUAAAACUAUUGAUGAGCUACAAAAUCAAUUGAGUCUUCAAGAUGGGUCAACUUAUAUCCGUUGGGGAAGGAAAGCUUGCCCUAAAGAUGCCAUUUUAGUAUACGAAGGUAGUGCUGCUGGUGGAAAUGAAUUAUUCGAAGGGGCAGCUGCCAACACACUUUGUCUUUCUAACAAACCCGAGUGGGAUGAAUACAUUGACGGAUUUGGAGGUGGUACGAGAAUUUAUGGUGCAGAAUACUGGGCCCAAGGAACCCUCCCUAAAUUUAAUGCCCUCCAUAACCACGAUGUACCAUGCGUAGCAUGUCGCAUUCGGCACGGUAACGUAAUGAUGGUGCCUGGACAGAACAGUUGUCACGGAGGUUACACUUUACAGUAUUCAGGUUACCUCAUGGCUGGUCUUUUUGGGGACCCUGGGACAUCAGAAUAUAUCUGUAUGGACCGGGAACCCGAGAAAGGCAAAUUCUGGUAGUGGUGAUAAACCCGGGAAAAACUUCCGUUUAACUCAGGGAGAAUGCGGUGUCCUGAAGUGUCCCCCCUAUGUUGAAGGAAGGGAAAUCACUUGUGCGGUGUGUUCCUAUACUUCAGGAGCGAGUGUUUACCCGCUGUUAUAAUAUAAUACUGUUUAACAGAACGGCACAAUAUACAUGUUCCAUAACCAUUUAAAUCAUGACCAAUAGCUUGGUCAUUCCAGACGAUAUACUGUUUUAGAAAUAUAUUUUUGUACUAAUGAAUUAUUAGAUAAUAUUCCAAAAUUCAAUUAUAAUAUUAUAAUUUUAAGUUGAUGCUUAAUAUUAAAAACUAAUACCUUUUGCAAGAAAAUGUUUCUUAUAUAUUCAGUUUGUUACUUACUUCUCAAUUCUUCUUUUUCCCUUUUAAUAAGAACUUAUUAAGAUGCGAGCAAGUCACGGAAGAUUGACAACGAAAAGUUAUAUGUUGAAUGUAGCAAAUGGAGUUAAAGGCACAGUAAAUUAAUUGUUUAUUUAAGAUAUUCAAAGCCCUUUUAUUUUUCUACAUUUGAAAUAAAUAUGCAUAGCCAAAUAUAUUUUUUGGUUAGUAAAAUGGUACAGAAAAAUGAAAAAAGAAAAGGUUCGCAACGCUUUUCAAAUUAAAUCAAGCUAAGAUAAAAAAAAAAGAUAAGAUUUUCAAUUUAUUUCUGAGAAUAUUUCUUAAUUAUCGUUAAAGUUCCACAGUUGAUAAUUUAUUAUUUAUGUGAUAUGCUUAUGGACCUCAGUGGGGUGCCUUAAAGGACCACUAGUAUCCAUCAAAGCAUACAUUCAACAAAUAUUUCUGCUACCUUUAAUUUAAUGUUGCCAAUGUAUUUUUUAUUAUUAAAGGCAUGAAAGUAGAAAUCGCAAUGUCCAAAUUUAAUUUUGUAUCAACAUUGCCAAAUUCAGUGAGGCGUUUAUAACUUCCUUUUUACAAAUCUAAGUACAUUGUAAGUAAAUUGCUGCUGUAUUUUUAAGAAUACAAGUAAACAAUGGAUUUUUAAGACGGUUAAAAAUGUUAAUGACUUAAAGAUAGGAUCUUGUAUCUGUGCAGGUCUGAUGAUAAUGUCCUCAUAGGUAAAAAAAACUUUUGUCGUCUACAGGUUAAAAAGUUACAAAGUAUCUAAACAAAUAAAGUUAUUGCAAAACAUACCUGUCCAUAACAAAAAUAAAGAAUACGGAAGAAAAUAAGUUUUCUUUUUAAAAAAGACUACCUAAAAAAUAAUAUACAAAUCAAAAGACUACAUAUUUUUCAAAUUUUCAACUGUCUGCUUUUUUCUGACACCUAAGUAAAAGCCUUUUUCGUUGUUCAUACUCCAUUAAACACUCGUGAAGCGACAAUAACCACUAAUUUUGUAUUUUUCCUGUCCUUUAUUUAUUUUUUCUUUAUAUUUCCAUACUUCUACUUUCUCGUAAGUCAAUAUCAAUUUGCAUGAUGGUGAUCUGUAACUGGUCAAAUCAAUAAAAUGUAUUGUUGUU